UCCAUAAAUUGUCAUCAUUCAAUCCAUCCAAUAUAUAAAAUCAUAUAAUUUUAUAAUUUGUUACUCCUUCUAAUUUUUUUUUCUCAUUUAAAAUUUUGAAAUACUGAAAAUGAUCAAAUCAGCAGUUUCAUUGAUAUUGACCAUGACGGUCAUCUCAGUUAUGGCCAUGCCAUCAAUCCAUAUCGAAACCUCAAGUGAAUCUUUAACUGCAGGUGGUGAUGAAUCAUCGCGAACCACGUACGAUUGGGGAAAACACACUGGAACCUAUGAUUAUGACAAACAUACACGAACAACGUUUGAUUGGGGAAAAUAUACCAGUACGACCGAUUCAAGCGUAGAAACAACAACUAAUGGUGAUCAUGAUCAUAAUAAUGAUGAUGAUAAUAACGAUGAAGAUCGUCAUCGUUGUGGUUCAGGAAAAUAUUCAUGUGCUGGUACUAUUGGCAUGUGCAUCGAUAUAAGCCAAAUUUGUGAUUCUAAAAUUGAUUGUCCAAAUGCUGAUGAUGAAGAUAAAAAUGUUUGCCAAUUUCACCAGCGACCUAAUCGACGAACUGCAAAUAAAAUUAACCGUUUUUCCGGUACGGGAUUUCAAUUUCAUAUUGGUACAUUGAAAAUUGAUUCAAAAUCCAAAGUGAAAAUGUUUAAUCAAGAUUCUGAUAAUACUGAAACUCGAAAAGCUUGAAUUUUUUUUCAUUCAAGUGGCUUCAUUUUCAUUAAUUUCUUUUAUUCUUAACCUUUAUAUAUUUUAAAACAA